AUGUCCUUCCAGCAAAACGCCUACGUCCUGGGCGUCGGCCUGACGCAAUUCAUCAAACCCCGCCAACUCCGCCCGUACCCGGAGCUGGGGUUCGAAGCCGGCACCAAAGCCCUGCUGGACGCGCACAUCACGUACGACGAUGUCCAAACCGGCGUGGCGUGCUACUGCUACGGCGACACGACCUCGGGGCAACGCAUCUUCUACCAGUUCGGCAUGACCAACAUCCCCAUCUACAACACCAACAAUGCGUGCGCCACGGGGUCGACGGGCCUCCAGAUGGCCCGGACGUUGGUGAAAGGCGGGAUUGUGGAUGUCGUCAUGGUGAUUGGGUUUGAGACGAUGAAGCCGGGAAGCAUCAAAUCCAUCUGGGACGACCGGCCGAGUCCCAUGGGGUUGGGCACGCGGUUGAUGGAGGAGACGCGCGGCAAGUACGACUCGCCGCGGAAUGCGCAGUUCUUUGCCAAUGCCGGCAGGGAGUACAUGGAGAAGUACGGCGCCACGGCGCGCGACUUUGCCGAGAUCGCCCGCAUCUCGCACGAACACUCGUCGCGCAACCCCUACGCGCAGUUCCGCGACGUCUACACGCUCGAACAGAUCGAAAAGUCGCCCAUGAUCCACUACCCGCUCACGAAACUGCAAUGUUCACCCACCUCGGACGGCGCGGGCGCCGCCGUCAUCGUCUCUCAGCGGUUUUUGGAUUCCCGGCCCGAACUCAAAUCCCACGCCGUCCUCAUGGCGGGCCAGUCGCUCAUGACGGACUCGCCCGCCCUCUUCUCCCGGUCGGCCAUGGACCUCGUGGGCUUCGACAUGACGCGCCGGGCCGCGAAAGCGGCGCUGGCCGAGGCCGGCGUUGCAGCCACGGACGUCAAGGUGUGCGAAAUGCACGACUGUUUCUCGGCCAACGAGUUGAUCACGCUCGAGGGGCUCGGGUUCUGCGAGCCGGGCAAGGCGCACCUGAUGGUGCGGAAUGGCGACAUCACGUACGGCGGCAAGGGACCCAUCAUCAACCCGUCGGGCGGGUUGAUCUCGAAGGGUCACCCGCUGGGCGCGACGGGGCUGGCGCAGUGCGCGGAGCUCACGUGGCAGUUGAGAGGGUGGGCGAACAAUGGUCGGUUGGUGAAAGACGUCGAUGUCGCGCUGCAGCAUAAUUUGGGUCUGGGCGGGGCUGUCGUCAUCACGGUGUAUAAGCGCGGGGAUGGGCGCAAGAAUACGGAUGUGGCCCUCGGUGAUGCCGAGAUCGCUGAACUGAGCGGUGUGGGGUAUAAUCCGGCGGUGGAGGCCAGGGGGGUCACCAAGGAGGAUUUCGAGAAGAUCAGGAGUAAGAGUGGGAGGAGCGAUUAUGCGUUGGGUGAGACGGCGGAGAAGAUUCAGGCUAGAUUGUGA